AGCAAGCGCUUGAGACUAUAGCAGGGGGAUAUACAUUAAAGUUGGAUACGAGUGACAGAAAUCUGAUGAACGAUACAUGGAUUUCAUUUUUGAAAUAGUAUGAAGUCAUAACUCACUGGCUUCCCGACCGAUAGCUGCUACCUUGACGUGGUGGUCGGGCUUGCAUAUCACAAUGACCCAACGAGCUAUGCUGGUGGAACGCUUGUUCCCUCGAGGUCCUACCAUACCAGAAAGGUCUGUUGGGUAGUGGUUAGACGAAAAGCAGUCACCGUCAUAGUGUAAAUUGCUACACUAUGAUGGGGGUCUGAGGGCGAAGUCGUACUGCUGCUAGCUGGAUGGGGUGUGACAGCAGUAAGGUGUUUCCCUUGGAUGACCAGCAGUGCCAAGCUGAUGCUGCCUUCUCAGUGGAAGGGGGGGUUAGAAAAGGUCGGCCCCAAAAAUAACACACUCCACCACGCCCCACGGUCUGCCGGGCCGGCGGUGUUGGUUCACUUGUCGUUUCCUUUCGCUCAUCCGGCCCCAAAAAUACAAAAAUUCAAAAUAAUCAUACUCAAAAGGCUGGGUGUGACAGGCCUCAAGCAGAUGUCCGAUGGGCUCUGCGGUCACACAAAUCUCUUUCAGGUACCUUAAGAAGAAAUAGCCUUCCACGGUGUGGGCAGCCGGGAAGUGUCAACCGCUCUCACAACUCUGUCAGCAUCCAAGUUUCUUCUGACUGCUAUCCUCCUCCUCCAUCAUUACCUUCUAAUCUUCCUUCACGUCUCUUAAUUAAUGAUGCUGCAUCAUCUUCGAUUUCUCCUACCUCUGCAGCCUUCGACAACGAUCUGAGUCCACAGAACAGCGUCCCCGGUCUCCUUAAACCACGCUCCAAAUUACAUAUUGGAGCCUUCAAUGUCCGCACCCUCCGUCAAAUUGGCCAACAGGCUUCGUUGGCAAAGACUCUAGCAACUCGAGGCAUGGAUGUGUGCUGUGUUUGUGAGACACGCAUACAGGACCCAAGUGUGGUUAUUCACCUGACCUCUCCUGACCAAUCUGGUGAAUCUGCAAAAUUCACCCUUCGAGUUUCUGGAGAUUCGAUAGCUAGCUCUCGUGGUCUUGCAGGUGUAGGUAUAGCAUUAAGCACCAGGGCAGAAAACUCACUACUAGACUGGAUCCCAGUUGAUAGUCGCCUCUGCGCUAUGAGGCUGAACGGCACAGUGAGAACUAAAAGGAAUAGUGAGACUCGCCGUUGUCUCUUUGUAAUCUCUGCUUACGCACCCACUGACUGUAGUUCGGAUGAAGUGAAGGACGAGUUCUACCAUAAACUGUCUAACCUCCUCUCGAAAGCCAAACGUUCGGACGUAGUGGUUGUUGCAGGUGACCUCAACGCACAGGUGGGUAGACUGAGUGAGGCAGAAAGGCACUUAGGUGGCACUUUCGGAAUCCCAGCUGAACGUACAGAUAACGGUGAUCGCCUAUUACAACUAUGCUCAGAUAACCGCCUAUUUUUAGCCAGCACAAAUUUCAGACAUAAAGAAAGGCACUGUCUGACCUGGCGUCCACCGAGCUCGACUCAGCGAUGGACACAGAUAGACCACAUUGCUAUUAGUCAUCGCUGGAGAGGAUCGGUGGAAGACUGCCGCUCCUUCUGGAGUACGUGUUUGGACAGCGAUCAUGCGUUGGUCCGAGCACGUAUAUGCCUGCGUCUCAAUGGACGUAGAAAAAAUUUGGCAACAAAACCACUACGAGUUCUGCUGGACAACGAAAACACCAAAGCCGUGUUCAGUGAGAAGUUGGCUAGGCAGUUAUCGGAACAAAAGACUGUCACUCAUCCAGAAGAAGCUUGGUGCCAUCUUCAGUCUACUGUAAAAGCAGCACUGGAGACUGUAGCCGACUCCAAGAUAAUGGCUAAAAAGAGCCAGUGGAUAUCAGCAGCUUCUUCCAAACUAAUGGAUGCACGUGAAUGCAUCCCUGCAGGCUCUGAGUACAAUGAAGAGCGAGCGCAACUUAAAAAUAAACUGACGAAAAGUCUGCGCAACGAUCGUGAACAGUGGUGGGCAGCAAAGGCUAAAGAGAUGGAAAAGGCAGCGGCGAUCGGUAACAGUAGACAGUUAUUUAGACUUAUUAAGGAGACUGGGGGGAAAUGGUCAACAACAGUUAGUGAGGUUAUAGCGGAGAAGGACGGAUCGGCGAUUCACUCGCAGGGAAGGCGACUGGGACGAUGGGCAGAACACUUUGAGGAACAGUUUAACUGGCCUCCAGCCACCAUUGCGCUGCCCGCUAUCCAGUCGGACCCUGAAUGGGACAUAGAGACAGGUCCCCCAACACUAGAAGAAGUUGAGAAAGCGGUAGGUAGCCUGAAACGGGGAAGGGCAGCAGGACCAGACGGACUACCUGCUGAGGUAUACAAGAAUGGUGGUAGAGUUCUCUUAGUCAGGCUAACGGAAGUGUUAGCCAGUAUAUGGGAAUCAAAUACGAUCCCCUCCGACUGGUCUAAGUCACUGAUCAUCCCAGUCUUCAAGAAAGGCGAGAAGUCCUCUUGUGAUAACCACAGAGGAAUCAGCCUGACAAACAUAGUGUCUAAGAUCCUAAGUUCUAUAAUUCUCCGACGCCUGAGUGGAGCUCGGGAACAGCAAGCCCGAGAAAACCAGGCAGGCUUUAGACCUGGCCGUGGAUGUAUCGACCAAAUAUUCACACUGCGCCAGGUCCUGGAACAUAGGCAUGCUUACAGACGCCCGACAAUAGCUGUAUUUCUCGACCUGAAGGCGGCAUUUGACUCCGUUGAUCGAGAAGUCUUAUGGCAGUGUCUGUCACUGAAAGGCGUGCCUAGUAAGUACAUCACCUUAUUGAAAGCUCUCUACUCGAACACUUGUGGGCAUGUUAGAGCCUAUGGUGAGUUGUCCAGGGAGCUAUACUCAUCAAGUGGUGUCCGUCAAGGAUGCCCACUAUCCCCAUUCUUAUUUAAUUUUAUCAUAGAUAUUCUUAUGGAGGUUUCCCUCUCGUCACCUAAUUACAAAGACGUUGACCGGAUCACAGGUGAAUUUUCCUUAGAUCUAGAAUAUGCAGAUGACAUAGUCCUGUUAGGUGAAGACGCUGACAAGAUGCAGAGUCUUCUGAACACUUUGAGUGGGAAUUUGAGAAUGUUUGGGAUGCGAUUUUCACCACCCAAAUGCAAAUUUUUGCUCCAGGACUGGUCUUCAGCGGUACCGCGGUUAACAAUAGAGAGUGAAGUGGUUGAGUGUGUUGACCACUUCACUUACCUGGGAAGUAGGAUCAACUCCGGUGGGUUAGUUGCCGAUGAGAUUUCUGCACGGAUACAAAAGGCUCGAUUGGCUUUUGCCAAUUUGCGCCACCUAUGGCGCCGCCGUGAUAUUCGUUUGUCUAUUAAGGGUCGCGUGUACUGCACAGCAGUCCGCUCUGUUCUACUGUAUGGCUGUGAAACAUGGCCAUUGAAAGUGGAAGACAUGAGAAGGUUACAGGUAUUUGACCACCGUUGCCUUCGUAGUAUAGGACGUAUUCCGUGGUGUCACCAUGUGAGUAAUGCAGAAGUUAGGUGUAGAGUUUUAGGGAGAAGAGGUAAGUCAGUCGACGAGGUUGUGAACCUUCAUCGACUGAGAUGGUUGGGACACGUACUACGUAUGCCUAGUCACCGAUUGCCUCGUCACACAAUGUUGGCUGAGGUGGGUUCAGGCUGGAAAAAGGCCCGAGGUGGCCAGACUAAAACAUGGCACCAAUGUAUGAAGUCUCUGACUGUUGGUUUAAGCCAUGUAGGACGAUGCAGACUAGGUGGUUGGGGUCCACGGGACAAGAGGAACCAGUGGUUGGAGACCCUAGGUGAUAUGGCUCAGAACCGAAGUCAGUGGCGCAGAUGUAUACACACAUUAUCCUCAUCUUAACAACGCUAUACCGAAUCUCACUAUUUUGUCACUCCUCUUUCCUUUCUUCUCGUACUUUAUAUUUCUUUUGACUGCAUUCACUUAUCUUCAUCCUUCACCUCACUACCUUUUUACUUGAUGUGCUGAUAUGAGGUGUGGCAACUCGGACCGUUACGCAGUAAUGCCUGGUCCUAUGUUGAUAAUGAUGAUGAGGACUCAACUUUCAGGUACUGGGUCCUGCUUUCCAAUCUCACCACCUAAUUUGGCCUGGAUAACAGGCUAUUAUAUUAUAACAAUAAGCCAUCAAACAGAAAUUUUGGUUCACCCAAGUAAGCAAACAUUCGUAAAACCAGUAAUAAUAAUCCAAAGUCCGGUUAGUAAUUGAAAAGACAAAUAUACAAAUCGAGAAGAGUGCAUGUCGUGUCUGCCAUUUAUACAUCAGAUCUACUUGCAAAAUCAUAAUUUCAAUAGUUCUUAACCGAAAUUACAAUGAACAGUAAAUUUCUGCUGUGAAAAAUAACCACUUAGUAACCGUCUUAAGAUCACUAUACUACGAAUCCCUCCCACUACACCGUAAACUGGCAAGGGACGCUGAGCAAAUGUCCAUCUUACUAAAUCAAACAGUUGCAAAAUUCGACUAAACCAUGUCAUAGCAUCUGAGAAAGGCUCAGUUUUGUCAAAUUAAAAAUUCCACUAAUAAACUUAACAAAUAUAUCAAAUUCCGUUUAUAUUUGACACCGACAAGUGGGAUAAUAUGAUGCCGCACGAAUACUUAACACUAUCAGAACCCUAGAUACAUAUAUACUGCAUUAUUCCAAGCCACACAAAAAUAGUGGCAGUCACGCAAAAUGAAAAAUCGAAGUGAGAAUACAGAUAGCUGAAUUGACAGGCUUAUAAAAGCAUGGAACAAUAGAGGUGCCUCUUUUAUUAUCUUUCAGGAAUGGUUUGAAAAGUAGCCAACUUCACUUCGAUAGCAGUCAAUAAUGUUUGAGUUCGGUAUAGUUAGCUAACUAGACAGCUGAACGCUCGUAUAGAAUAUGAUCAAAAGGAAUAAGAAAAGAGUACAUUGACUAAAUAUUGUUUGUCCAACAAUACGUACAAAUAUGUCCAAACUCUAUUCAGGUAAGUUACACAGGAGGACGAAAGAGUGGAUAGUGGGUCCUCUUAUUUAGGAAUAUAUAUUCACCAGGGGAUUGUGUUAAGACGAGCACAAAAUAAAUCAUGGCCAUAAUGCUUAGCUUAUUUGCGAUAACUUUUGGUCUGCAGUAAACUAGCGUCGUAAAUGUACUAACAACUUAGCUGUCUUCUUCAGCACCAUUUCAUCACAUGAUCGUGAAUUCUAGAACCUCGAAAGAUAUAGAUAGGCUUUUGAAAUUUGCGUUAUAAGUUUUGACAUGCAUUUC